UACAUAUUGAACAAGGAACUUCAAGUACCUAUAAUAACGUUAUCAGAUAUAAAUUUACAGAUAAAGACCUUAUAUAACAAUAGGAAACCAAAACAUUUUUACAAAUGUUAAGUGUAUUUUUCAAAAUGAGUUCCUUAUUCAUAGCUCUUUGCUUAGCAACAUAUGCUUUGGCAGAGACUUCUCCCGAUAUCGUCCCUAUUCCCAAUGGAAUAUCCGGGGAUGGUCUCACCACGCGAUACUGGGACUGCUGUAAACCGUCUUGUGGAUGGAGCUACCAAACUAAUCAGAAAAAGGCCGUUCUGACAUGUGACAUUGAUGGAGUGACUCCUGUAAAUGAUAGUGUUCAAUCUGGUUGUGCUGAAGAUUAUAGCGGAAAUGCCUUUACUUGCAACAAUCAACAACCGUGGAUCGUAAAUUCAACUUUAUCAUACGGAUUUGUAGCUGCUUCAUUUACUGGUGGAGUUGAUAACAGCCAUUGCUGCCAUUGCCUUCUCUUGAACUUUAAGGGGGAUCUGGCAGGAAAAUCUCUUCUAGCCCUCAUUACCAAUACUGGAGAACCUUUAGCGCAAAACCAGUUUGAUAUAGAAAUUCCCGGAGGUGGAGUUGGCAUUUACCCGCUUGGGUGUUACAGACAAUGGGGAGCUGACCCAGAACAAGGAUGGGGUGAGGCUUAUGGAGGCAUUUCUACUCAAGAUCAAUGCAGUGAGCUUCCCUCAGCACUUCAACCUGGAUGUAACUGGAGGUGGGACUUUAUGGAAGGAGUUUCCAACCCCAGCGUCUCUUUUUAUCAAGUUGAAUGUCCAAAGGAGUUGAUUGAUAUUGCUCAGUGUGAACGUGAUGAUGAAUAAACUGUAAUGAAUGAUGAAUAACUUGUUUAAAUAAAAUUACAUUUCAAAACU